UUUUCAAACUUGCCACUAGUAGGUCAGGUCGUCAGAUUCUUUGCCAAGAAUGUGGCGUUUCAAUUCCUCCUCUUCAAUUAAAUCUAUAAUGUUACUGUUAACUGUUUUUAUUAUGAUGGCAAAUUGUGAGCAAUCUGAGGAAGUUCUCACACGAUCCAAGAGAAGUUAUUAUGGUGGAUAUGAUAUGUAUGGUGACGAUUUUUGGUAUGCCGGAAGGAUUAUUGGUAUAAUUGUUGGAAUAUGCCUAUUGCUCUUUUGUUGUUGCUUACCAUGUGUGUGUAUUGCUGGAAUUUGGUUCGCUGGAUGGUUUGGGCUCAGAGGAAAAAAUCAAAGAAAGAAUACUCAACAAGUCUCAUCUCCUAUCAUUGCCCAAUCUGCUCCUGUUCCAAUUCCUGUCAAUUAUGAUAAUAUUCCUGGUAAUGCUAAUUAUAUUCAACACACUCGUCAAGCUCCACGUCAAAUCCACGUGGACUCAUCACCAAGAGAUUCUGAAAUAUCUCGUGUCAUGGUUCCUGGUGAUCAGGUCAUGUUCUCUGCUGAAGAUCGUUAUUAUACCUCGUCGACGGCUCCGGCAACUGCUCACCGACCUGAUGCCUACAAUGUUUCUCGAUAUUAAUUUUUCUGUCUUUCACUUUUUCUGCUUGUAUAUUACGCUUGAAUAAAUAUUUUGAGUCUU